CUAUUUGUAAAUAUAAUAUAUUGUACACACGAGUUAUUUAAAAAAAAUGAGCGAUAGUGAUGAUGAUUUACAAUUAUGUCCCACAACACUUGCUGUAUUAAAUGAAUUUCUUAAAGAGAAAGAAGAAAGGGAAAAUCAAUUAAAAUGCAUGUCAGAAAGCCAAACAUUAGACGUUUCUUUUGAUGAAAACUGGCAAUUAAGUCAGUUUUGGUAUGAUGAAAACACCACAGAUACUCUUGUAAGAGGUGCUAUAAAUUCUACAGAGGCUGAUGAACAAAUUGCUCUAAUUUCAUGUCCUACCCUGUACAGCAAAUUAAAAAAGAACUGUGGCAAACGACAAGUAACACUUUUUGAGUACGAUGAACGUUUUAGAGUAUUUGGCUCUGACUUUGAACCAUAUAAUUAUAAAUUUCCUUUGGAUGUACCAAGAAAUAAGUCAGGUUCUUAUGAUUUAGUCAUAGCUGAUCCACCAUUCCUGUCUGACGAAUGUUUAACAAAAACUGCUCUUACAAUAAAAUUCUUGGCGAAAAAGAAUAUUGUUCUUUGUACAGGUGCUAUUAUGGCAGAAUUAGUGGAAAGGCUGUUGGAUGUUAAAAUUUGUAACUUUGUACCUCAUCAUCAAAAUAACCUUGCUAAUGAAUUUUAUUGUUACUCUAAUUUCGACUUUGACAAAAUGUUAAAAUAA